GGCCCGGCGGCGGCGCGGCGCUGCCGUGUUGACAGCGGCGGCCGCGCCGGGAGCUGCCCCGGGAAGCAGGUUGUAGGCGCCGGGCUCCCGCUCUCCGCCUCGGUAUGGCCUUCAUGGAGAAGCCGCCGGCCGGUAAGGUGCUGCUGGACGACACGGUGCCGCUGACAGCGCAGAUCGAGGCUAGCCAAAGCCUGCACUCCCAUACGGAAUACAUAAUCCGUGUGCAGAGAGGAGUUUCAGCAGAAAACAGUUGGCAGAUUGUGAGGCGAUACAGUGACUUUGACUUGCUUAAUAAUAGCUUGCAGAUCUCAACUCUAAGUCUACCUCUUCCUCCAAAAAAAUUGAUUGGAAAUAUGGAGCGUGAAUUCAUAGCUGAAAGACAGAAGGGACUCCAGGCUUAUCUUGAUGUAAUUACUACCCAUCACAUAUUGUCUAACUGUGAGCUGGUGAAAAAAUUCUUGGAUCCCAACAGCUAUUCUGUGAACUACACUGAAAUUGCCUUACAGCAUGUUUCAAUGUUCUUCCGAUCAGAGCCAAAGUGGGAAGUGGUAGAACCAUUAAAAGAUAUAGGUUGGCGAAUACGUAAGAAAUAUUUCUUAAUGAAGAUUAAGAAUCAACCAAAGGAACGGCUCGUGUUAAGCUGGGCUGAUCUUGGCCCUGAUAAAUACUUGUCUGACAAAGACUUACAGUAUGCUGUGAAACUUCUUUCUUCCUGUUCUCAUCCUUACAUUUACAAAAUCACUUUUGCCACUGCCAAUGAAUCUUCAGCGCUGGUUAUUAGACCUUUCAGUGAAAAAGGGACACUAAAGGACCUUAUUUAUAAGGCAAAGCCAAAAGACCCAUUCCUGAAGAAGUAUUGCAAUCCUAAAAAAAUCCAAGGUCUUGAACUUCAUCAAAUAAAAACAUAUGGAAGGCAAAUAUUAGAGGUAUUAAAAUUCUUACAUGAGAAAGGAUUUCCUUAUGGCCAUCUUCACUCUGCCAAUGUGAUGCUGGAUGGGGACACCUGCAAGUUAAUGGAUUUAGAAAAUUCCUUGUUGGGACUUCCAUCGUUUUAUCGCUCCUACUUUUCACAGUUCCGGAAGAUUAACACUUUAGAAGGUGUUGAUGUGCAUUGCUUUGGACACUUACUGUAUGAAAUGACAUAUGGAAGACCCCCAGAUACGAUUCCAGUAGACAACUUCCCCCCUGCUCCAUCAGUGUUUGUUGUGUCUGUGUUGGAAUCCAUUCUGACCUGUGAAGCUGUGAAGAAUGGCAUGCCAACUGUCUCACGGCUCUUACAGAUGCCAUUAUUUAGCGAUGUUCUGCUAACGAACUCUGAGAAACCACAGUUUAAGAUUCCUACUAAGCUAAAAGAAGCACUGAAAACCUCCAAGGAGUGCAUAGAGAAGCGAUUAGCAGAAGAACAGAAAUUGAUUCACCAACACAGAAGACUGACAAGAGCUCAGUCUCAUCAUGGCUCUGAAGAAGAGAAAAAGAAAAGGAAGAUCUUAGCACGAAAAAAGUCGAAACGCUCUGCCUAUGAAAGUGGGGAAGAACACUCAGCAAAAUACAGCAACUCAAAUAACUCAGCAGGCUCUGGGGCGAGUUCCCCAUUAACAUCUCCAUCAUCCCCCACUCCACCUUCUACAGCAGGAGCAUCAUCGAUACCCCCAGCACCACCACUACCACCCUUGCCACCAGCAGCUCCUCCUCCUCCAAGUACAGAGGUGCCAAUGCAGCCGAGCCCUCAGCCUGAUGUCAGUGCAAGCCGAGGAGCCUUACUCAGCUCCAUUCAAAACUUUCAGAAAGGAACUCUGAAGAAAACACAGACCUGUGACUACAGUGCUCCCAGGAUCAGCUGAGGCCACUCACCACACCAGGAUUGAACUCUCUCUCCCCGUCCUGUGCUGUCUUGGAACAAGACUCUCCUGACUGGUGACUGAUGUACCAGUAUAUAGCAGCUAAUUGCACUGUAGCUCUGUUUAUCCCAACUUCAGCCUUCCUUGAGUAGCAGCACUGCCCUGUCUGAAUUGUGUUGCCAUGCUGUGCCAAGUUCUUUAUUUGGUUUCAGGAACUCUGCUCUCUAGCUACAGUUUCCAGGAGUACAGCAACUUUUGUAUAGCUGAAUAAAAACCUGAAAAUAGGAAUGUCCAUGGUGCAUUAAUGCAGUUUUCCUAGCUCUGUUCCAACCCUUUUUUUUUCCCAAUUUCAGAAUUGUAGUUUUAGUCUGCUCAGUUUUUCAACUCUUCCUGGAUUUUUAAGACAUCUUCAUUCUGGUUGCAUUGAAUCAGCAAAUUUUGGAUGAUCUACACCCCCCCCCCACACAUAUACACCUUUAAAGCAUACUGCACAGAUGAGGGACCUGGAGAAUUAAAUCUUAUUGCCACCAUAUUUGCUGGUGGAGUAAAAAUGCUGUCUCAUUAGACUUGUUUAAAUGGAUAAUCUACCUGUAACUCUAAGGGAAAAGUGUUUUUAAAUGACAAAACAGUUGAAAAUGGGAGUUUAAUAGGGCACUGAGAUCUUAUUCUUGAUUUAGUUAAAGGCAAAGUUACUUCAAGUUAAUUCUACUGCUUCAACUUUAUUGAAAGAUCCUUUUUGAUUUAAAACUUUAGACAAAUUGCACUUUAAAGGAUUACAGAUAAUCCAUUUUUUAAAUUCAAGUACAUCAGUGUUUGUUACUAUGCAGAGAAUGUCUGUACAAAGUUUCAUGUAACCUGUGAUACUCAAAGUCAUUUUUAUUAAAAGGUUAAUGGAAUUCC